AUGUUUGGGGAUUCUAUUGAUGAAGUUGUUGGAAUUUGUACUCAGAUUUUCAGUGAUUUCCUGCACAUGGAGUAUGGGGGCCCCGGAACACUGUUGGUGGAUCCUUUCGUCGACAUGGCAGAUACCAUAAACGAGAGAGGCUUACCCGGUGGGCCUCAGACGGCCCGGGCGGCUGUUAAAUGGGCUCAGGCUCAUGUGGACGACGACUGGGACGAGUGGACUAGCAGCUAG